AUGACCUAGAAAAUCAGGAAAUGCAACAACCAGAUUCAAUCCUGCAAAGUACAACUUCAAAGUAAGAGAUGCACGAUACUAUUAAUGCAUUUGCAGAACAUUCUUUUAAACAACUCUGUUGAUGCUGUUAGAAGUUGACAUUUAUGACUUUGAAAGCUACUCACAUACAUAAACAUCUAUCAUUAGGCCACUUAUAUAGAGAGAAGCUCUUUGCCAAUUAUUUAUUUAUUUGUUUAUCUAUUCAUUGAGUGUGGCAUUUAUUGUCUCUAAAUAGUUAUUUUGGCUAGUCGUUAUGUAAUUAUACAACUUUGAAUGAAUGACAUGGUGAGCCCUUAGCCAGCGUUCAGGUUAGUGGCUUUGGUAUUACUCAGUUUUUAACCUGUUGUGGCAUGACAGUGGAGCUGAUUGAGGGGGUGUUCUUCCAUUAGCCCUAGAUCAGGGCUGAGCUUAAAUAGACGCAGUCUUUCUUGAGGGGGUCACAUCACUGGUGGCAAACAAACUGGAAAAUGAAGUUGCAUGUGUCAGGUUUCUCCGCAGUUCUUCUGCUGUGGCUUCUGGUCUCGUCUUCAGUACAAGAAGACACACAUAAAACCGGCUGUCUAUCUACUACAGAUACUAAAACUCCUCACACGAAUCUGCGUAGCUACACUAUCCAGCAAAAACCUUUGUUCCCUGUACAUGCUGUAAGAUUUCUUACAAUAAAAGGAGUCACAAUCUGCUCAGAUCCGACUUCACCAUGGGCCAUUAAAGCAAUGAAGCACCUGAAUGGAAAGAAAAAACGACGUCAGUCAAACAUUACAAUCCGUCCAUCAGUGAAGGUGGUUCAUAAGGAUACAUCAACGACAAAUACGGCUCGGGUAUCAGCACAGAUUAAAAAACAGACCUGAAAAAUCACCAUUAGAACUGACCAGUAUCACUUUUGCAUUUUUUAAAGAUUUUCUCUUUUGAGAAAAAAAUGCACUUUAUUGUACAUCGAACAGUUUUUUUUAAAUGUAAUAAUAAAGAAAUUAAAGUUUUUUUUAUUUUAUAUAUUUUUACAAAAUAUUUUUAUUAAAAUAACAACUAUAUAUAUUCAAAAAGGCAGCAACACCAAAGCUCAAAAAAAUCUAUUUAUUAAAUUAAAAAGGCUAACACAAAGUGUGUAACAUUUCAGACAGAUGAAGAGCUGUGUGCUCGAAACGUUACACACUUUGUGUCAGCCUUUUUCUUUUAAUACAUUGCUAUACUUUUGGAGCUUUGGU